AUGAAGAAGAGAGUGAAGGCUGUUGGUGAAGGCUGUCAAAUGGCCUUGUUCAUGAAACACUUCAGCGAGAUCAGAAAAACAUUCGAGGAAAUUUUCUUUGGCACCAGAGUUAUCAAUACCAUAGAAGUUCGCAAUAUACAGCGAGUUUGUGCUCUUUCUUUUGGGAAUUAUGGAAAGCUAGCUCAAAACUUCUUCAAGGCAUUUCUUGGUGAUGGAGUCCUCUCUAGAUGGAACAUUGUAAAGCAUAUCUUCUCGAAGGCUGAAGUUUCCGAUAUGGACACUCUUGGUUUCCACGUCGAUAGGUUUCUUGAUCUCAUCCCAAGCGAUGGGAGCGAAAUUAAUCUUCGAGAGCCACUACAUAAUUUGUUUCUUGAUCUCUCGACCGAGUUUCUAUUUGGGCAAUGCAUCGAUGCACAACUGCCCGAUGACCCAAAUAAUUCUAAAGACUUACUGAAGGCCUUCAAUGGCGCCCUUGCGGAUGUUGGAAAAAGGCGGUUAGCUGGAAAGCUCCAAUCUACCUAUUACUUCGACAGUAGUUGGAAAAGGGAUACCGGGAAGGUUUACGCGUAUGUUGAUGCACAUGUCAAACGAGUGCUUGAUAAGGGAUCUGCCAAGGAGAAAACGAUACAACCUCUAAAUCCAGAGAUAUGGACCCAACUUCGAGCUGAAAGUAUCAGGCUCGGUGACCAACCUCCCACCUUUGAGUCCUUAAAAUCACUACGUUCUUUUAGAAACGUUCUUCAGGAAACACUUCGUCUUCAAGGUCCUGCGGGUCGUCCUCAGCGUCUGGCGCUUAAGAACACAAUUCUUCCGGUAGGCGGUGGCCCAGACGGACAAUCCCCUAUAUUUGUAGAGUAG